AUGGCGCAUAUCCUUCAAAAAAUCAAACUCCACCCUCCAGAUCAACCACAUGGCGGCCACCCGCCCCCCAUUGUUGCCCGGAACACCUCAGAUCUACAGAUGAUUGACCUCAACACGCUACCAGGGGGUGGAGCAUUGGUUCCUGUUGCGAGCAUAACAACACACUCAAGUGAAUAUGUUUCAGUACAAGUUGGUGCAAAUGAAGAGGUCUACCAUAAGGAUGAAGACGUCGUAUGCUCACAGCCUAUUGUGUCGAAAGUUGGGAUGGAAUUUGACACGAUACAGGAAGUAAGGCAGGUCUACAAUGAGUAUGCCAUGAAGUUGGGUUUCAGCAUAAGAGUGGCUUCUUCAAGAAAUAGCAACGUCACAAAGGAGCUGAUCAGAAAGGAGUGGGAGUGUUCUCAUGCUAGGAAGCCAGCUAUUGAUGGAGAAGAUGAUGGAGAGGAAAACACAUCAGCGAGCACAUCAACAAAUGACACUGCAACACUAGUGGGAUCGAAAAAAAGAGCAGCAACAGCUGUGCUUACCACAGCAACAAGGAAGCGCAACACUAUCAAAAAGUUGGACUGCAAAGCUCAUAUAGCGGUUGGCUUGAGAAAUUCGAGGUGGAGAGUGAUUGUAAUGCAACCUGACCAUACUCAUCCCAUGGUGAAGGCGAUUAGGGUUAGGAAACACUUGAGGUCCCACCGAAGCAUCUCGUGGGCUAAUUAUGAGCUGCUGAAAACACUACACCAUAGAAAUAUUAGCACAACACAGAUCAUGGGGGUGCUUGCUGAUUUCCAUGGGGGGCUUGGCAACCUUACUUUCAGCACCAAGGAUGUUUCGAACAUGAGGACACACUUGAGAGGAGGUCUCACCUACAGGGAUAUGGAUGCAACAUUAGAUUAUUUUCAAAAGCAACAAGCUGAAAGUCCUUCCUUCUAUUAUGCAACAAUGAUAGAUGAUAAUAAUGUUGUUAGCGGAUUAUACGACAUGCCAUUUGCACCAAUUGUUGGGAUAAAUAACCAUUUGCAUAGCAUACUGCUUGGAUGUGCAAUGUUACCAGAUGAAACAACAGAAACAUUUGUUUGGGUGCUAGAAAGGUUGAAGGGAGCGAUGGGUGGGCGUGAACCAACCAACAUAAUGACAGACCAGGAUAAAGCAAUGAAAGCAGCAAUAGCAAUAGUGUUCCCUAACGCAACACACAGAUGUUGCAAGUGGCAUGUCCUGAGCAAGGCUAAUGAUAAGCUUGCUUGGCUUAUUAGUGAGGAAGAAGACUUUGCAAAGGAGUUUGACUACUAUGUGAACAGGACUGAAACACCAGAAGAAUUUGAGAUGUUGUGGGCAAGCAUAGAGGACAAAUACCACUUGCAGGAAAAUGAAUUCUUUCAAAGUAUUUCUGGUACAAGGAGGAUGUGGGCACCUGCAUACUUCAGAAAGUACUUCUUCCCCUUCACAAGCACAAAAGGAAGAUCCGAAAGCAUGAAUUCAUUGUUCAAGAAAGUUGUUCACCCUCAGGACUCAAUGUUGCAAUUUAUAACACAAUAUGAUUACAGCAUGGACACCAGGGCAGAAAGAGAAAAUAAGGAGCGUUGCAAGGGAGAGAUUUCAGAUCCAUCACUAUGGGGAAGGUAUGCUUUUGAGAAGCAAGCUGCUUCAUUCUACACCGGUGAAGUCUUUGGUAAAUUUCAAGAGUUGUUGCGUGAUUCUACAAGAUACAAGGUAGGGGCUGUUGAAAGUGAUGACCAGGAACCAGCAUUUGGUGUCCCAACCACAAACAAGCUAAGGUACAAUGCAUUGUGCAAAAAAAUGACGUCACUAGCAGCUGAAGCUUGUUUGGGUCCUGAAAAGUACAUUGUAGCUUCAGCUGGGAUAGAUACAUUGGUACAAGCAGUCAGGACAGCAAGGGGGUCACAAGAAAUGCAACAAGAUGAAGCGUCCAAUGUUGCAACAGGUCAACAGUCCAAAACUCCUGCUGUCAUGGUAAAGAAUCCAACAAGAACAAAAAUUAAAGGGAGACCAAAGGAGAAGGUGGAAAGGUUCAAGUCAGUAGUGGCACAAGCUAAGGACAAAGCAAUGAAAAGGAAGGCAAAAGGAAAGAAGACAGCCCAAAAAAUCCCACCAUGCUCAUAUUGCUUUGAAGAUGGUCAUAGUGUAUAG